UCUGAGCCGGCUCAGUGAUGCGGUAGCGGCGGUUGGAGCGGGAGUAGGAGGCGGCCGGCGGCGGGAACCCGGGGAGGAUGAGCCAGCAGGGAGCGGCGCUUCAGAACUACAACAACGAGCUGGUCAAGUGCAUCGAAGAGCUGUGCCAGAAGCGGGAGGAGCUGUGCCGGCAGAUCCAGCAGGAGGAGGAUGAGAAGCAGAAGCUGCAGGGCGAAGUGCGGCAGCUGACGGAGAAGCUGGCCCGGGUCAACGAGAACCUGGCCCGGAAGAUCGCCUCCCGGAACGAGUUCGACCGCACCAUUGCGGAGACCGAGGCCGCUUACCUCAAGAUUCUGGAAAGUUCUCAGACGCUGCUCAAUGUCCUGAAGCGAGAAGCAGGGAAUCUGAGCAAGGCCACAGCCCAGGACCAGAAGAGCGCUACGGGCAAGGAUAGCUGAACUAGGACCAUAGGCUAGAGCCUGGGGCGUGCCUAACACUCCCUUUUGUAGGCCUGCAGGUGACUUCCUUGAGAGGGAAUCUGUUAAUAAAGUAUCUUUGUUUUUCAUAGCUGCAGCAUUUCCCUUCUCUUGCUGUUUCAGGCAUGUGAGAAAAACUUAGCUCCCCAGUACUUCAUGGGUAUUCACUAUUCUCUGGGUGUUUAUCUAACAUUGUCCUAAAGAAAAGGGGUAAUAACAGCCCAGCCACUUGGGGUAGGGGUGAGUAAUGCUCUGCAGGUUUUGUUGCCUUCCAUGCAGAAGGAAACAUGGGGGAGAGGGAAACGUGGAGAGGAGCAGAGGCAGUUUUGCCUGAGAGUUGUUACUGCUGUCCUGGAUCAGCCUUCAGGAUAUUUAUUCCCAGGCUCUGUGCUUCCCUCAAGGCAGGUGGCCAGGCAAAGCCAGUAAUAUUGGGGAUGAGUGGACAGAAACCCUAACUAGGGACAUGAGCCCUAAUAUACAUGUGGUCAAUAUAUUGCAGUUUUAUGUGUGAAUAAAGAUUUCCUUAUGAUUUUCA